UCAGUUUUCGAACGAAUUCUUGCUAAGUGGAUGUCUCUCACUGACAGAAAUAAUUAGCAAAUUCAGUGAAAUCCGGUAUUCAUAUAAAGAGAGUCAUGGCAUCGCAAGUGGCAAAAUCUUUUAUAAAAGCAACUCGUCCUACUUCCACCGCGAAAUUCGAUACUGCCAGGCGAGCUCUCAGUGUCGGAGCAGCUUUACAACAGAAGAAGACGCUGUCUGAUAAGACCGGCAAGAAUGUAGUACUUGUGGACGGAGUCAGAACACCAUUCUUGGUUUCGUUUACCGACUACGCCAAGAUGAUGCCACAUGAACUGGCCAGGCAUUCAUUACUUGGCCUGCUCCAGAAAACCGGUGUAUCCAAGGACGUUAUAGACUACAUUGUCUAUGGCACAGUCAUCCAGGAGGUGAAGACAUCCAACAUUGGACGGGAAGCUGCUCUGGCUGCCGGUUUUAGUGACAAGACCCCGGCUCACACCGUCACAAUGGCUUGCAUAUCAUCCAACCAAGCUAUUACUACUGGCGUGGGCAUGAUAGCAGCCGGCGCCUACGAUGUGAUCGUGGCUGGUGGAGUGGAGUUCAUGUCGGACGUGCCCAUCCGACACUCGCGCAAGAUGCGGGCCUUGCUGCUGCGGCUGAACCGGGCCAAGACUCCGGCUCAGAGGCUCUCGUUGAUAGCCAGCAUUCGACCUGAUUUCUUUGCACCUGAGCUGCCGGCCGUGGCCGAGUUCUCGUCGGGCGAGACGAUGGGCCACAGCGCGGACCGGCUGGCGGCCGCGUUCGGCGCGUCGCGCGCGGAGCAGGACGAGUACGCGCUGCGCUCGCACAAGCUGGCGGCCGCCGCGCAGCAGGCCGGGUACUUCACCGACCUCAUCCCCGUCAAAGUGGAAGGUAAGGACGCUUUGGUCGAGAAAGACAACGGGAUCCGAGUGUCGACUCCGGAGCAGCUCGCCAAGCUGAGGCCGGCUUUCAUCAAGCCACACGGCACCGUCACUGCCGCCAACGCCUCCUUCCUCACGGACGGCGCGUCGGCGUGUCUCGUCAUGUCGGAGGCGAAGGCCAAGGAGCUCGGUCUGAAGCCCAAGGCCUAUGUCCGGGACUUCACCUAUGUUGCUCAAGACCCCGUGGACCAGCUGCUGCUCGGACCCGCCUACGGCAUCCCCAAGAUCCUGGACAAAGCCGGACUCAAGCUCAGCGACAUCGACACCUGGGAGAUUCACGAGGCUUUUGCUGGUCAAAUUUUGUCCAACUUGAAGGCACUGGACUCUGAUUGGUUCGCUCAGACUUAUCUUGGACGUCAAUCUAAGGUGGGUUCUCCCGAUUUAGACAAAUGGAACAAAUGGGGUGGUUCCCUGUCUAUUGGUCAUCCCUUCGCAGCCACUGGGGUGCGACUGGCUAUGCACACUGCGCAUAGACUCGUGCGCGAAGACGGCCAGAUCGGACUGAUCUCCGCGUGCGCGGCCGGCGGGCAGGGAGUCGCCAUGCUCCUGGAGAGGCAUCCCGACGCUACACCCAACUAGACCAUCGCAGGAGAGUAACGAUGCGUAUAAUAUUCAAUUUUCUACAGAAUCUAUAGUAUAUAUAGUGCGAUUUUUAUAAGAAUAAAAUUAUAUUUGAAUUUACUAGUUCAGAUUGUGCGUAUGUCACGAACGGA